GGGUCCCCACGCUCUUCGGCCUUUUUGUGCUGCUGGGGGUCCUGCCCACUGGGGCACCCACCUGCCCCAUGCUCUGCACCUGCUACUUCUCGCCACCCACGGUCAGCUGCCAGGCCAACAACUUCUCGUCGGUGCCCCUGGUGCUGCCCCCUAAUGCCCAGCGCCUCUUCCUGCAGAACAACCUGAUCCGGUCCCUGCGGGCAGGCACCUUUGGGCCCAGCACAGUGACACUGUGGCUCUACUCCAACAACAUCUCCUCCAUCCAGCCUGGCACUUUCCGUCACCUGCCUGCCCUAGAGGAGCUGGAUCUGGGGGACAACCGGAACCUGCGCAGUCUGGAACCAGAUGCCUUCCGUGGGCUGGAGCGCCUGCAAUCCCUGCACCUCUACCGCUGCCAGCUCAGCAGCCUGCCCAGCACCAUCUUUCGUGGCCUCUUCAGCCUCCAGUACCUCUACCUGCAGGAGAACAGCCUUAUGUACCUGCAGGAUGACCUGUUUGUGGACCUGGCCAACCUGAGCCACCUCUUCCUGCAUGGCAACAAGAUCCGGCUGCUGUCGGAGAACGUCUUCCGAGGACUGUGGGGCCUGGACCGGCUGCUGCUGCAUGUCAACAGGCUGCACUCGGUGCACCGCUGGGCCUUCCGUGAUCUGGCCAAGCUCACCAUCCUCUAUCUCUUCAACAAUAGCCUGGCUGUGCUGCCAGGGGAGACACUGGCUGACCUGCCCUCCCUGGAGUUCCUGCGCCUCAACAAUAACCCCUGGGCCUGUGACUGCCGUGCCCACUCUCUCUGGGCCUGGUUCCAGCGCACCCGGGUCUCUAGCUCAGACGUGACCUGUACCAGCCCCGCUGAGCACCGGGGCCGUGACCUGAGGCGCCUCAGCCAGGCUGAUUUCGGGGCCUGCCCCCCUGCCAACCAUAAUCAUGCCCCUGCCCGGCCUGCCCCAGGUACCAAGCCCAAGUGGGGUGGGGAGGCUGUGGCUGGACGUCCCCGAGGCAAUGGUUCCUCCAACCACCUGUAUGGGCUGGGGGAGGUUGGGGCACCCCCAGCUGACCCCUCCUCUUUCUACCGGGACCUGCCGGCCAAUGAUAUCCGCAGCCCCAAGUACGACUCUCCCACUGAGGAUGACUACUGGAAUGGCUACGGCAAUGAAGAGGGGCGCCUCAAGGAGGGUUGCACAGGUGCAGCCUGCUCCCCACUGGACUCUGAGGCCUAUCGGCCGGGUGUGCUGCCCACAGCCCUGUUCUGCCUAAUGCUGCUGCUGCGGUCCCUCUGGCUCUGACUGGCCCCUGGCAGACUUCUGCGGACUAAGGAGACAGUGCAUGCAGGGCUGGGGCAUAGGCCCCUAUCAGUUGACUGAGAGAGCAGAGGGUUGGGUGCACUUGCAGAACUCAUUGGGUGAACUGCUCUCCCUAGGGCACAUGCUGUUGCUGCUUGGAUGGGGAUUGGAUGAGCCAGGGAAUCCUUUCCUUGCCCCUGUCCCCCAUACCUAUCAGGGGGCCCUGAGAUGCCUACAUGCUGUGGGACCAGCAUGUUCCAUCUAAUACUCCCCCACAUAUCCUAGGGGCCUCCCCAUUUCACAUCCUUACACUGGUUGUCCUCAUUAAUGCUGGUGCAGGCUGUACUCUUCCCCCCACCCCGAGAUGGGCAAGGGAGAUAAAGGUCCCCUGCCCCAGGGGGAAGAGGCUCUAGGUUGGAGGUGAGGCAAGGUCUAGCUGCCCUCUACCAUCUUUUUUUCCUUGCCUGCAAAGGGUGCUAAAGCCCAAUCUGUUGAGGUGAGGGGGGGAUAUGGGAAGAAGUAGUGUCCCUUCACCUACCCUAUAUGCUAUCCUGCCUCUUUUUUCCCCUUCUCCCCCACCCCUACACAUACAAAGGAGAAUUCCAGAGUGGCCUCCUUCUGGAGAGGGAGGGAGCAUCAUCCCCCUCUGAUUCAACUUACCCUACCCACCCUGGUGUGUCAGGAGGGCUGGCAAUGGCCUGUGAGACUUUGAGGCCCCUAUCAUCCUACCCCUCACUUGUCCCCAGCUCCUACACUCUGCAGCCCUGAGCCCAUGGUCUCCCUGCAGGCACUAUGUUCCUGUGCUGAACAUUUCUUUUUGCUCCCCUCCCUCUUCCUAAGAAGCAAAAAAGGAGAAAAAAGGUUGGAAAAUUAUUUAUUAAAAAUUAUAUUAUUUUAGGACAGUUUGUCAGACUUAGUCACUGGGCGGCAGAAGGUCAGCAGGUGCUUUGGCAGGGACAAGGAGCUCAGCUCCUAAGAGCAUUCAUCUUCAGGCUAUGGGUGGCUUAAAGCUGGAUGACCUUUCCUUGCAGUGAAAGGGUUAAAUGCACAAUUCCUUCCACCCCUACCUGGGUCUCCCAAAGGUUGAGGCACAAGAUAGUGGCUGGCCCAUGUGGGCUGACUCCACCAUCUUUCUGGCAGUAGUCUCGUCAUGACUCCGCCUCAGCUUUAAGUUAAAAGCCACUAAAGGCCCAUACUUCUUGAUAUGAACCAUGGUUUGGAAAGAUAUGCGUUGUCUAUGUGUGCCCUUGCCCAUGGUGACAGACCCGAGCUCUCAUGUCUUUGACUUCAAAAGCCAUUUGAGACCUAGGAAACUUCUCCAGGGCAGUGUGAUCUGCACUUUGUCAAAACAAAGUUUUUGCUCAGGAGCCUAGUGGUGGUUGUGAUUUGCCUUGCUACUACAGUUUCUCCAAGAAGGCAGGACUCCCUGCUUCAGCAAAACAGU